AGGUUUUCCGCUCUCCCACUUUUGGCGCGAAAGUGAACAGAAUAAAUUCGAAUUUUAAAUAUUACGAACACUGUUAUUUUUUAUGAACAAUACCUAUUUAAUUGCAUAGAUUGUCACGAUACAUUCCAUUCGCUUUCAAGGUUUUGUACAUUGUGUUAAGUUGUAUAUUGAUAUUAAAAGAUACCAUGAGUUUUAAUGAAAAAGUGAGUAAACUGAAAAUUGAUAUGGAGAAGUGUGCGUAUGAUAAUGAAGCUUUUGCGUUGACUGAGAAAAAUCUAUGGAUGUCUAAGCCAACGGGAGCAAACAACGGAGCCAUGGCAGACAUUGGUGUGUCUCAGUCCGACCUGGUGGAGCCAAGGGGCGAGGGACGUAAACUUCCUCAAUACAUCGCCGCUAUAUCAGCAACCCUCGGAGCUCUCGCCGCUGGUACGAUGAUGGGAUGGUCAUCCCCAGUAGUGUUUGCGAUUAAACAAGCUAACAGCACCGAUUACAACUUCGAUGUGUCGGAUUCCCAAGGCGACUGGAUCUCCUCGUUAGUGAACCUCGGAGCAGCAGCAGUAUGUUUCCCAAUCGGUCUCAUAAUGGACUCGUUUGGCAGAAAAAAUACUAUGCUGAUGCUCGUGCUACCAUUUACAUUGGGCUGGUUGCUUAUUACCUUUGCAUCGAAUGUUGCCAUGUUGAUGGUCGGAAGAUUCAUCACCGGUGUAGCCGGCGGAGCGUUCUGUGUCACGGCGCCAGCGUACACGAGUGAAAUAGCACAGGACUCUAUAAGAGGAAGCUUGGGAAGCUACUUCCAGUUGAUGAUAACCGUCGGUAUCCUAUUCGCCUACGUUGUCGGAAGUUCCACCAGCAUUUUCGUAUUCAACAUUCUCUGCACCGUCAUUCCUCUAAUCUUCGGACUGAUAUUCUUCUUUAUGCCCGAGAGUCCUAACUAUUUAGUGGUAAAAGGCAGACACGACGAGGCUAGAGAAUCCUUGAUUAGACUGCGUGGAAGAAACUAUGACGUUGAUUACGAAUUGGACAUUCUUCAGAAGAAAGCCGUGGAUGCUAAAGACAACCCAGUAUCAUUCCUGUCUGCCAUAACAAAAAAGACAGCCAUUAAAGCGAUCAUCAUUUGUUACGCCCUGAUGUUAUUCCAGCAAUUUUCUGGUAUUAACGCCGUGAUCUUCAACACGUCAUCCAUUUUCGCCAGCGCUGGAGCAACGAUUCCGUCUGCGAUCGCGACUAUCAUAAUCGGUGUGAUCCAGGUUGUGGCCACAUUCACAUCCAGUUUGAUCGUUGAUAAAUUAGGAAGGCGUAUCCUGCUUCUGUUCUCCGCUCUGGUGAUGUGCGUAUGUUCAACGGCAUUGGGCGUUUUCUUCUUUUUACAAGACACGCAUGGACAGAAUUCGUCCAUCGUUGAAGCUAUUUCAUGGUUACCCCUGCUUUCUCUGUCCCUAUUCAUUAUUGCCUUCUCGAUUGGUUUCGGUCCCAUUCCAUGGAUGAUGGCUGGAGAGCUCUGUCUUAUUGACAUUAAAGCCUUCGUGGGCUCCACCGCUGGUACUCUGAAUUGGUUGCUCAGUUUCGCUGUUACCAGUACAUUCAACUCUUUAAACAAAGCGAUAGGAUCCGGCCAAGUAUUCUGGAUGUUCGCUGGCAUUAUGCUGAUCGGGUUCGUGUUUAUAUUCUUCAUCGUACCAGAAACAAAAGGCAAGAGUGUCGAUGAGAUUCAAUAUCUUUUGGGGGCUGAACCAGAGCAGACGAGUAACAAUACAGAUGAAAAGAAAUAAUUGAUCAUGGAGACUAAGUAUUUUGUAUAAAGACUUCCUAGGUCUGUAGUUGGCAUAUAUCUUUGGUGUGUAUCGUGAAUGUAUCAGUGCAAUCUAAGUUACUAUUUGUAAAUACCAAAGAUAAUUUCGUCUGUAUUUAUUUCUUGUCUUGUUUGUUGUCACCUCCGUUGAAGUGCAAAUAAUUUAAUGUUUAUUUAACUUUAUGUCGAAUGGCAGUUAUAUUUAUUAAAUUUUGUGACAAUGAUUUUUAGAA